GAGCGUAGAGCGGUGGAGGGGCGUCACUCGGCCGUCAGCCGCAGCCCAGACCAGCCGCACCUCCUAAGACAGGCUCUAGACACGCUCAGGAGUGCCGCCGUGGUAGCCUGAGACUAACACCAGCACCCCGUGUCACAGAGUUGCUAACCUCACCCAAGUUCUUCUCUGUCCUGGCCAGUGUUUCUCACAAGUUGCCUCUCAAGCCCACGAGGAAAGCUCACCACGCCGAUCAGGAGCCUGUCUAGCGGUUAUACUACAAAGUUCUGUGUAAAUCUGAAAGUCUUCAAGUUUAAUAUUCUCUGUUCUGUGUUCUUCCUUAGACAACUUCAUAUUGUCAACAACUUUUCUCUGCCGAAACUAAGACUACCUUUUCUAUCUUCUCGAAUUGCUCAAGUCCCUCUGCCCUACCCUGUUACCUGUACAAGACAUUCCUAUCAAGACGCAUUAGGCAUCACCCGGCACGGUAGCAGUGUCCACGGAAGAAGUAAGACAAGCAGUAGGAGCAGCAUCAGGUUCGUGACGUGGACAGCGAACAUCUGGGUCAUCCCGUGGUGAUCACAGCAUCCCUGUGGUAGCCUGGCAGCGCAGCAGCCGUCCUCACUACAAGUGUUACACAAGUGGUAGGCUGCGGCAGCUGACCUCCGGCAGCAAGUGGCGACUCUCGUGACGCGGCCAACUUUCACGUGAAGCAACGUGUGGGUUUCAUCACUGGGACAAGAGCGAGUCUGCCUCUUAUACCCGGCCGCGCAGGACAGUGGCUCACUGCGGUGCCCAGCCGGCAGGCGUCCAGCCACACGCCCCCGCUGCUCACCUCCCUCAGGAAAGUGAAAGUAAGGAGAGCAGUCGAGCCAGCCCACGCCCCCAGUCUUCGAGGAGUGUGAAACAAGAGAAACAGUCGUCCUCCACUGGUGUGAAGUCAGCGUGAAGGAGAAUCACACCCUGCUGUCUACUUUGACGCUUGGCUUAGCACCACAACCUCCAGCAUCAAGCCACCGACUACAACCUGUGUCAAUAGAAAGUGUUUGAGCGCCAGAGGUAUCAGUAAGGCGCGCCGUUAGUGUGUGUGGAACCAGUGAAGGGAGUGGAGUGUCCCAAGGAGUGAGAACGAUAAGUGUUUACGGUUAGUGUCAGUGAUAUAUUUGCCCUACGUGUUCACCAUUCUAGUGAUACAGUGUUACCACCAUGCCCGCCUUCCAAGGAACCAAAGUUGCGUUUCAUCCAGAGAUGCACAUGAUGCAUAACCCUCGCGCUCGGGAGAUGCUCUACGCUCGGGGCAAAGCUUCCCCCAUGGUGCACCCUAUGUUCGACGCACUCAAGACCCGUCACGCCCAAGAUAAGCACGACUACGCUCGCAUGAUGAAGUUGCGGGACCUGAAGAAGAUGGCUGGAGAGUGUGGAUAUCCCACCUUUGACAGUCUGAAGCUUCUGGGAGCAGAAAACGACGCUAACUACCUGGACGUCUUCAUGAGUGACGGCACGAGGCCGCGCAUGCGCAGCAACUCCCACACUUCCAAAGGCAGUAGCAAACGCAACAGUAAUGUCGACGUGGAAAAUAUUAAGAAGACCUUAUUGGGUAGUCUUCGUUCUGCCGCCAGCGACGAGAACAUCUACGAGUCUGUGGAAGUUAUUCAGUACCGGAAAACUGUUGAAGCCAUAAGUCGCCAGAAUAAGGUGCGCUCAGUGCCAAAGACUGGUCACCCUCUGUUCGACCACCUGAGGGUGGAGAACGUGUUGAAGCCCCGCCGUCAGCAUUCUGGCGAGCACCACCAACAUCAUCACCACCAUCACCGUCGCAGCGAAACUCACAACAGCGACGGUGGCAGCAACAGCCACAGCUCUUCGGGAUCUGGGGAUGAGUUCGACUACGCGAAAAAGCCCAACUGUCGCUUUUCUCGCCGCGAGGUGCUGAUGACUUCGCAGACGCUCAAGAAACACCCGAAGGAGGCGCGCCCCCAGAAACAUUCCAGAGAGCAAGUGGCAGAAGCUGGCUCUGAAUCUGACGAUGACUGGGCGAUUCCAAGACCCAAGAUUUGCGGACGCAACCGACGGACGGGUGCUACGGGCCUCAUGAACACCGUCGGUCAGGAUGAGUCCGAUAGCUCAAGUAAGUCGACGGGUCUUCGGUGACGCACACGCCCAUCCUUCGCACCGCCCACGCUGUAGACGCCUGCCUCCCCCGGGAGCCCAGCACUGCACGCCUCGCCUGGUGGCCCCGUGCCCCGAGGGCCGCACCCACGGCAUCUCUAUUUUUUUUGUCAUGUAUGCUGGAGCUAUGCGGCCCACGGCCCAUGUCUGCGGGCCAUGGGCCACGCUUGACCGUAAACUGCCUGCAGAAAGUGAGAUCCACCAUUUAAGUUAGCCUGUGGUGCGGCCCGUGUCCUCCCGGCUCCUCUGUCAGAGAGCCUCGGAUGGGUGCCACGCCGGGCCGGGGCUCUCCGCCGUCAGCGCCCCCCGGCUCGCAUGUGAGGGCCAGCUGGCCAGUGGCACCGUCUCGUGGGCUGACCAUCACCGGCCAGCUGGCCACUCGGAGCGGGAGGGCGAGACGGGCCAAGUGUGAGUGUGCACGGAGCACUGCCUGCGCCAGUGUUAGUCUUGACACACGUGCAUCACUCACGCAGCACUACACUGAACACAAAAAGACACCCACACCCACCCACCCACCCUGUACAUCCCAUGUACAUAGUUGUACAGCUAUUACUUACAUGCAUUGAUUGUUUCUUUGUUUAUGUUUGAAUGUUGCAGCUGAAUGUCAAUUGGUUGAUUAGCUUAAGUAGAGAUAAGCCUAUCCUAUACCUGGUUCUUUGUCUGUAUUUAUCACCUGUGUUGGUUCAGUGUACACCUGGGACAGUCCUGUGCGUCUGCUCCUUAUGAUGAAUCUUGUAUCAGUCGACCUGGGCAUUGUGCUUCAAUAAAAGAGGUAGAGGGAACAAAAUUUGUUUCAUUCU